UUUGCGAGGGAACCUUUGUCCAUAAAUGUAUGAUGUUGAGCUUCCAUCAUUCGAUGAUGUGGGAUUCAGCACGUGGGUUGUUUGCUGCAACAGUCUGGGUCCUCCUCGUGUGGCAGUCGUCAUGCCAUUAUCCGAUACUAGAAGGGGGAAUGACGGCUUCGAACACUUCCAGGUUACGAUGUACAAAAACAGGCGGUUGGGGCAUCACAGGACUGUUUACAGUCUACUGGUACCGAAAUGACACCCUUGUAUUCGAAACAUACAGACGGUUCGGAUCAUAUGUACACAUCGUGGACAAUAGGUUUGAAAAAUCCGUUCAUCUGAAUAUUGCUUGGAGGAGCCACACUGUGACCGUUUCUGACGUGCACGAAGGCAUGUCUAUAUGGAGGUGCAACAACGAUAACAACAAAAAUACUUGGAGUGAACCAAUUGAAAUAUCAAGUAAUACAGCAGGUGUAAAGCCGUUCACGCCUAUUACGCAAACCCCUUUUGAAGGAAAUGUCACUCUAAAUGUCCAUCCAGACAAGAUCGUCGAUGAUGGCAAUGUUACUGUAAGCUGCACAGUGGAGACUGGAGGACAUUUCAAUAUUUCCAAUAUGGCUUGGCUUCAAAACUCUGAAGAAAUCUUCGUGACCUUCAGUAACGGAAGUCAUCUCGUCUUGGACAACUCCAUCACGCCUGCUGUGAUGGACGUGACACAGAGCAACAACCAGCACAACGUAACCAUGAUAGCCAGUCCCUAUGUGAAUGGCACUGAAUGGACGUGCGGAAUCCCAGUGUUGGCAACAAUCAGUAACACUGUACUGAUACAGGUCUUGGAACCAACAGGGAAUGUCAGCUUGGAUGUGUACCCAGAGGAGGUAGAGAAGGGUACAGGCUAUUCUUUAUCUUGCACUGUGAAAACGGAGGACCCUGUACGUGCGUCACAUAUGACGUGGCGUCAGAACUGCGAAGAAUACAUUGUGACCUUCGGUAACGGCAGUUAUGACAUUGUCGGCAAUUCGACCUCUUCUGUUAUUGCCCGGCCGCACCUACCAAGCAAUCUGAAGGCAGUAAACAUCUGCUCCCGUUCAGUCACCCUGACAUGGGAGAAAGGUUCCAACGGUGGCGCCAAACAAAGGUUCAACAUACAAUACAGAAAACCUGGCGGACAGUGGACCACCCAUCCAACACUUCCAACCGAGGACGACACCCUCCAGCUGGUCAUUGAUGGCCUCGAACCCGGAACGGUCUACGAAAUUCGGAUUAAUACACAGAAUGAAUACGGCACCAGCAACUACACCUCCGCCAUUGUAACCACGGACACAGCGAACCCUUCAGGCGUGCCUGUCUAUGUUGUGAUCAUCGCGUGUGUAACGUCAGUGCUCCUCACAGCGGCAUUGUACAAGGCAGUGGUGGUUGGAUUGGCCAAACGAAAGUCUUCUAACCAGCCCGCGACCACCAAAAAAACCGAGAGCAACUACGAGACUACCACAAGAGACAUGAACGUGGGGGGGAACGCAUACUGCUCUCUGGCCCCUGUGGAAGCUGUGUACGUCAACACUAACACCAACAACCAGCCACGACCUACGUCAUCAGCAUCGGCAGCAUCACGAGAGUGA